AUGGCCCUGGCGGCCCGGUUUUCGGGGGCCAAAGCUUCGGCCUCCAGCCGAGGCCUGCGGUCUGGCAGUACGAGACUUCGGACACGGGCAGCAAAGAUCUGCCUCGCCGUGGCCAUCACAUGGGGCUCCGGGCUUCCCUUUGCCGGAAGUGCGGGCCGCUGCCAGCCCCGCGCAAAUCGGAGUGGCGCUGGGCGUGCGGCAGAAGAUACGAUGGGCGAGCUGUUUACCAAGUACUACCGACUCCAGGAGGUGAAUCGGAACCUCGAGGCAGAGACGAAGGUUGCUGUGGUCUCCGAACUGCUCGAGGCUUCCGAGAGUGAUCGGAUGUUUCGUGCACAAGGAUUGCGCCAUGAUGCUGCAGCUCGUGAAGCAUACCGCCCACUCUUGCCGAAUAAUUCCAGUAGGCAUUCACAUGUGAGUCCAUCUAUGUAUGUCUGUAUGUAUGCGUGUAUCCAUCCAUCCAUCUAUCUGUCUAUCUCUUUCUCUCCAUCUCUUCAUCUCUCCAUCCAUCCAUCUAUCCAUCUAUCUAGCGUAUCUACCUACGUGCAGUCACACACACAAAAUUUAAGUGCAUAA